AUGGAAGGAGUUGUGAACGAGACUCGCUUCGAAAAACUCACUAAACUGAAGUACUUGUUUGCAUCUGGCAACAACUUUACUUUGAAAGUGAGCCCGGAUUGGAUUCCACCUUUCCCACUUGAGGAGAUUGGCCUUGGUUCAUGGAAUCUUGGGACAGUUUCUGAGAUACCCUCAUGGAUUCAACUACAUUUUCCAAGAUGGGUUUGGGAUGUGAUUUCACUCAACCUUUCUCACAACCAUUUUCAUGGAGAAAUCCCGGAUUUUAAACCAUGGGGAAAUCGCCUUGUUUUUCCUUAUUAUCGUCAUGUUUAUUUGAGUUCCAAUCGAUUUAGUGGCUCGUUGCCUCAGGUAUCAUAUGAUACAUUGGAGUUGGAUCUUUCCAACGAUUCUUUCUCAGGCAGUUUGUCACACUUUCUAUGUGAUGCCACAAGUGAUAGUACUAAUAUAAUGAAGAUUCUCCAUUUGGUAAACAAUUUGGUAAGUGGGGAGAUUCCAAAUUGUUGGAUGAAAUGGUCUUCUUUGGAAUACAUCAAUCUAGGUAACAACUUGUUGUUUGGAAGAAUCCCUGGCUCUAUAGGGUCUUUGUCUAGUUUGUUAUCAUUGAAUCUUGAUGGAAACAAUUUCUCUGGACAAGUACCUUUGUCAAUACAAAAUUGCACCAAACUAAUGAAGUUUGAUCUUGGUGGCAAUAACCUUGUUGGGAAAAUGCCAACAUGGAUUGGAACAAGCUUCUCCAAUUUGAUGAUUCUUGUCUUGAGCUCCAAUAAAUUUAGUGGUGACAUUCCUUCAAGUAUAUGUCACUUAAACACUCUCCAAAUAUUGGAUAUUUCAAGUAAUGAUUUAUCUGGGGCGAUACCUCCUUGUGUUCAUAAUCUCACUGCAAUGGCUACAAGAAGAGGUUUUGGUGGUGGAAACAUACAAUAUUCUCAAGUGUUUGAUGCAUUUAUAGAGAGUGUGUUAAUUGAUGCAAAAGGAUUAGUGCUUCAAUAUGAUACCAUUCUUGUAUUGGUGACACUGUAG